CGGGCCGAACCGUUGAGUGCAGAACCCGCGACUCAUUAGUACCUAUAUGAAGCACUACCAUUGAUAUCCACAUCGAGUAGUACCUAUAAGUGAUUACCGCGGUUUGACGAUUUUCAAUUGCGAUAUAAAAGAGUGUCAUUGGUAGUAAAAUUAAAUCGUAUCUACAUACGAUUGCCGCCAGUAGUAUUGGUACCACAGACAAGUACUUGUAGACAAUUGUCGCGGGUUCAUGGUUGCAAUUGCGAAUAAAAAGAGCAAUAGUAAAGUAAUACCUAAAAGUAGCGCCGUGGAUUCACGAUUUUUUAUAUGUUCUAAAAAAGUGCCGUGAUCAUGUACCGUGCCCUACUGGGAAUCUUACUACUCGCAGGGAUUGUAAACCCACAUUGUCGUACAAUGCCUGCAGGAGGACUGUUUUUGAUAAUAGAGAUUUUAACGGGAGCAAAAGUUUUAAGCCUGUGUCUGUGUUGAAGCUGGAAGAGAAAAAUGUUACUGGAGAAAUCCUGCGAUUCUUUAUGGGUUCGACUAUAGCGGGAACUACAGAGGGACGAGAUGCUUAAAGGACAUUGAGAAAUGUAUGGAAGAAGACAACACCCAUCAUAAGAUAAGCAAGAAACUGUCCAACAUGCUGCUGACGUCAUACCCGCCAUUCCAGCUUGGCGACGUAGAAGGUGUGAGUAAGGAAUGCAGACUGCAAAGCAAACACUUUAUCGAAGAUCUGAAGGAAUUCAAAUUCUGGGCACUGAAAAUGUAUGAUGGUGGUGCAAAGUUUCCUUCAGGAAUCCUACACGGGAACAUCAACCAGUUAGGAGACUUUGACAUGUGCGUUAAUUCUCACUCUAAAGAACGGAACAUCCAUGGGCAAUACUGCUUGACCAAUUUGGAAAUCGAAAUACCUAAGAGUACAUAUCUCUCUGGAUUGUAUCAACUGAUCAUGGCAUACGAUCACAUCAAAACAAAAAUUGAAGAUUCAGGACACAGAGUACCAAGAUUUUCAAGUAUAAUGUGGGCUGUCUGCAUCCCAAGCGUAUGUACACAUGAAGAAGUUGAAAAGGGGCUGAGCAAGGCUAUCCAGAAAAUAACCGAGGGCACAGAUUUAAAAAUCAGGCAAAAGGUGUACCCAGAAAAUUGUCACGCCAAAGAUAAAUGGGAGGUCCCUAUCUCUACCUAUAUUGCAUUGAUACUGUUCGUAGGAUUUAUCAGCUGGCUGAUGUUUGCAACCCUCUAUCAUCAUUGGAGCUUCAAUCCUCAAAAUGAAUGGAUCUUGGCCUUUUCUUUGAAAAAGAACUUCGACUCCCUAUUCACGAUAAAGAAUAACUCGAACGAUAUCGAAGUUUUGCAUGGAAUCAGGUGGUUGAAUGCUGUAGCACUCAUCGCUGCUCAUAAAAACAUGGCGAUGCUUUUUGAGCCGUUUUCCAACCGAACAGGAAUGGUUGAUGAAGUGGCAUCUGCAAUCUCCCUCGUAGGAAGAACGGCAAGUCUGUACACAGAACCAUUCAUUCUGAUUUCGGGAAUACUGACAGCGAAGUCUUUAUUGGGUAAAUUGGACAAAACGAAGAAGAUCAACCUUUGGGAGGAGUACGUUUCUAGAUUGUUCAGAAUCGUCCCAUCUUUAGCCUUCUUGAUCUUCUUUUGCACAUUUCUGAUGCCUUGGAUGAGCAGUGGCCCAAUGUGGAACCAAGUGGUCACGCAUCACUCGCAUAUUUGCAAGAAGAAUUGGUGGAGGAAUUUGUUGUUCAUCCAUAAUUAUUUUGGAUUUUCGAAUAUGUGCCUGACACAUACUCAUCAUAUAGGGAUCGACACACAACUAUUCUUCUUGUCACCAAUCUUGGUAUAUGUACUCUGGAGGUGGCCUAAACGAGGAAUGAUUACUUUAACAACAAUUGCUUUGGCUUCUACCAUCUACAGAUUCUACCUGACUUAUGUUAUGCAGCUGAGCAACUACAUCCAUAUGUCAGCUUCAACACCACAGCUAUUUGCCACAGCUGACUAUUCGUACACCCAACCGUCUCACAGACUACAAGUUUACGUCAUGGGAAUCUUCGUAGGAUACCUUCUAAAAUACUCAGAAAAUGUUAGAUUAUCACAGACUACUCUAAAGAUUGGAAACGCUUUAGCUGUAGCAUGUUUCUGUCUGUCCUAUUUUGGAUUCUACAAUAUGGGCAUGAAAGAUUAUGUCUAUAACCCCAUGGAUGCGGCCUUGUUUGGAUCAAUUGCUCCACUCCUUUUCUGCUUUGCUUACUCUUGGCUCAUCAUCACAUCAGAACUUAUUGGGAAAGGACCAUUAGGAAGAUUUUUCUCAUGGAAAAUCUGGAAAUGGUGGACGAAAAUCUCCUAUGGAGUUUACUUGACGCAGUUCCCAAUCUAUUUCUAUAACGUCGGAAGGGUGAGAUCAUCAACAACAUUCAGUUUCUUCGGCACGCAGUAUAACAUCAAAGAAAUCAUGUGGAUAAUAUUUUUGUCAAUGCUUUUGACCGUUAUGGUAGAAAUGCCAUUCCAAAAUGUUAGGGAUAUCUUCAUGAAGAAAAAACCAACAAAGAAAGAGAGUGGUGAAGUUCGUCACGAGAAAGAAAGCUGAAAUAUCAACGAUUGAAUGGAAAUGUUUCAAAAACUUGUGUAGACCGAAAAACUAGUCGUAAUAGUAAGGUUUUUGUUGGUUGACAAUAAGUCGAGUUGCUGAUUUUAGGAUUUCUGUAGGGAAAUGAUGAUUCAUUUCUAUUUUUACAGUGGUGGGAAGACUGAAAGGAUGUAGUUAUGAGUUAAUAUAUUAUUUAAGUGUAUCAAUUUGGCUUGUGACCUUAUGUUAUUGGUAGAUACAAUUUGUUUCUAUAUUAUCACCUAUAACACAUUUUAAUAAGGGGAUAGUAAAGGGAAGUAUAAGACGAGGUCAGUUAGUAGGUAGUUCCAUUACUGACGUCAGACGUAUACUUUUGAUAUUUGCCUCAGCUUAGCCAAACAUAAUUUGAUGUACGGUUUUAAAUGAUGUUUUUCAUCAUUCUAAAAUGACAUUAUUAACGUUUUUGCCAUUAUGUAGGUGCAAUAAGUUCUUAAUCAACCCACGAGUAUACUGUAGCUAUAUUUUAUUGAUGUUUUUGGUGGAGUAUUGAUAUGUACUGCACCGAUGGACUACCAGUGAAAUGUGAUUUGUAAUGUAUUAAAUAGUAACAGGAUGCAUAUUUUUUCAAUAUAUUUAUUAUCUAGUCUGUCUUGGAAAUUCCAUACGAUACCGCUAAGAAUAAACUAAAUUGUAGAAAAAAUACUUGGUCUAAAUGUGCAAUCUAGCAGUGAUAUAAAUAAACAUCUGAUAAACUUCUUUAGUGAGUUUAUUUUUUUACUGAUCUCCAGCCAUAUUGCCAAUAAGUACAUUUAUGAAAAAUAAAAAAGCUCUCCUGCAGUAACUUGAAAGAAUAAAUGUUCAAUUGUCUAUCAGGCCAUUUGAGCUACAGCCCGUGAAAUACUAAUUUCGAGGUUCAAUGCCGUUUUGAUUCUACGAAGUUGUGGUAUACCCAGUAUCACUCACACCGUCAAGACAAAUCUAGAGACAUUUCAUAUGUCGAAAUCCUUCAAGCCGUUUAAGCUGUAGCCCGUAAAUUAUAGGAAUUUCAAGGUGCAUAUUUUUAUUAAGACCUGCCAUUUUGGUUAUGUAAAUUUUUAAUUUAGCGAAUGUCACUCUCACAAAUAAAGGGUAGCAAGAAA